UAAAAGAAAAGAAAUUAUGAUUUUUUCAGUUUUUCAACACAAAACGUUAGCAACAAUUAAGUUAAAUCAAUGGAAAUAACUCAUUUCGGAAAUAGAUACAAAAUUACGAAAAAAGGUAAUGAAAGUAAUAGCAAAUUAAUAGCUUCGUGACACCAAUAAAUCUAAACACUUGUUGAUAGGAAUAAUAAAUAACAUUGAUUUACCAAAUAAUGAGAUUCCGUGAAGCAAUAGGCUUUUUAAUUGCCUUUAAAUGGUUGAAAAAAUCUAGUAAUUUAAGAAACAUCAAAGAUGAUUGUCUUGAGUCAAUUAGCGAGAAAAUUAAUUGUUUUUAGUUUAUUUUUUCUCGCAAUUUCAUUGUUUUAACAAAUGUCCAAAAGCAGUGUUUAGCGAUGGAUGAAUAUAAGCAAAGUAAAUUGAAUUUAACUGUAGCUGCAUUUGAGAUUCCAAUAUCAAGUCUAUUUCAUUUUGAAGGUGGACAAUAUGUGGCCGUGUUGAAGCCUUUACGGACAUUAAUUGAUGACAUUGCAUUUUACGGUUUCUUUGAUAUCUAUGUAAAAGUAUCUUCAACUGGUCAAGUGGGUAGAUUGACUGAAUCAGGCUAUCAAGAUGGGAUACUUGGGAUGCUUCAAAACAGGGUAAGUAAUUCAGGGUUAACUGUGAUUGAAAUUGGUAAUAACUUUGCUUCUCAGGAGGUUGAUAGCCUUUUCAUUCCAAUUCCGAUUGACACACCUAAAGCACCAGGAUGGUUUACUCCGAUAAUCCGAGAAGAAGCUUUCUACAUUUACAGUAUUCCAUAUACAUCGACCAGGUUGAGCCAAGAAAUUGGUAAAAAUUUGCUUUCUUUCAACCUAAUGUUGAUUUGGUUAGCCAUCAUUGUUAGUACUUUUGUCCUGGAAAUCGCUAUCCAUGUAAUAUCACAGACAGGAAUUGCAACUCUUUUACUGGAAACAUUAUCUCGAUACAUUGCGGUACUAUUCAACCAAUACAUUCCUAGACAGAUUGAUCUCAUUCGUUUGGUUCAAAAUUUACUUCUGGUUCUUUCAAUGAGCCUGUUCAGUGCCAGUUUCAGUACAAGUACUAUUAUUGGAGAUGUUCAGGGUAAAAUUGAUAUACUUGGAGAUGUUGUCCAGCAAAACAAGAUUCCCAUUUUCUUUGAAGGUCUUUCAGUGUUUGAAUUAUUUCAAACUGAAGCUUCUAAAGACUAUCGAGAUGUUUAUCGGCAAUCAGUGAGGAAAGGCUCUAACCAACCAUUUGGGUUAACAUCAACCGAUGUCUUUGAACUGUUGUCACCAGAUUAUGCUAUACUGUGUUCAGAGCAAGCUGGUAAAUCGGGUUCAAUAAUACCAGCUGCACUUGGUAACGCUUAUGCUGCCAAAAUAUACAAAUCUAAAGGUCCAUAUCAUCAAUCUUUACUUGCUUACAUAGUAAAUCCACUGGAAAAUGCAGAGGAGAUUAAAAGACGCUUAUCCAAUUUAGCCCUGCGAUCGUUACAAGGAGGAGUUUUGAGUAAAGCUUUGAAUGAUGUUCUUGAGCAGUUCAUUUUGAGCAUUUCAUUCUUGUCCAUUGAACACUUUGAUAUCGUCAAAUGGAAACUUGGAACCCAAAUAGAGGAUAAAGUGUUUGAUUCGUUGAAAUUUUCCGGAAUUAAGAUUCUCUUUCAAGUUCACGGUUAUCUAUUGCUAUUAGCAUGUAUUGUACAUCUGAUUGAACAUUUAUCAAGUUUAAUUAACCCAUCAAAGUUUAAACGUGAACUUACAGACAAUUCAAACAGCUAAUCAUAAUAAUCAUCUAAUGUCAUAUUGGAACCAGUUGUAAGGUAAAUCGGUAGAUUAACCAUUUACUAAUAAAAAGUACAAUCUUUGAAAACUGUCUCAUCA